CCGGCGUCCUUUUGUCAGCGCGCGCGGCCAGGAGAGCUCGCAUUUCCUCCCAGCCUCGUGCGGGAAAUGGAUUUAAUUCUGACGGCCGGGCUGUGAGGCACGCGCGGCAACGAAUGCCUUUUGUCAAGGAGUAGCCGCCCCUGUUGUCCGUAAUUACCACUGACGCGGAGGAGCUGCACUGCUGGCGGAUUUGCAGGCAGCUCUGACAAGUGCUGGGCUGCAGGAUGGGUAGAAAACACUGCUCUGCAGAUUAGCUGGGUGCAUUUAUUAAACAGAUCCCCCAAAGAGAAAACAGCAAAACAAACAAAACAACCACCCACACUGGAAGACCAGAGAUGGAUAAGAUGCUGAGGAGUUUUCAGCCACGUGUUUGAAAUCCUGUAGAUGUGGUCAGCUUCUCUGAGAGCAGAGUGGGGUGCACAGGCCAAGUGCUGAGAAGAGGCAGCCUGGGACAAGGCUGAGCCAGCCUCUUGGGCUCCGGGAAUGGAUCGUAAACCCACCGGGACGAUGAGUGAGGAGACUGUCCCCGAGGCUGCCUCCCCGCCGCCCCCGCAGGAGCAGCAGUACUUCGACCGCUUCUCCGAGGACGACCCUGAGUACCUGCGCCUUCGCAGCCGUGCAGCGGACCUGCGGCAGGACUUCAACCUGAUGGAGCAGAAGAAGCGGGUCACCAUGAUCCUGCGGAGCCCAUCUUUCAGGGAGGAGCUGGAGGGCCUCAUCCAGGAACAGAUGAAGAAGGGGAACAACUCCUCCAACAUCUGGGCUCUGCGGCAGAUCGCGGACUUCAUGGCCAGCACCUCCCACGCUGUCUUCCCAACAUCCUCCAUGAACUUCUCUGUGGUGACGCCCAUCAACGACCUCCACACAGCCGACUCCUUGAACCUGGCCAAGGGGGAGCGGCUCAUGCGGUGCAAGAUCAGCAGCGUCUACCGGCUCCUGGACCUCUAUGGCUGGGCUCAGCUGAGUGACACCUAUGUCACGCUGAGAGUCAGCAAGGAGCAGGACCACUUCCUGAUGAGCCCGAAGGGAGUUUCCUGCAGCGAGGUAACAGCUUCCAGCCUGAUCAAGGUGAACAUUCUGGGCGAGGUGGUGGAGAAGGGCAGCAGCUGCUUCCCAGUGGACACCUCUGGCUUCUGUCUACACUCGGCCAUCUAUGCAGCCAGACCCGACGUGCGGUGUGUCAUCCACCUGCACACGCCAGCCACGGCGGCGGUGUCAGCCAUGAAGAGUGGCCUCCUGCUCGUCUCCCACAAUGCACUGCUGGUGGGGGACAUGGCCUAUUAUGACUUCAAUGGCGAAAUGGAGCAGGAAGCAGAUCGGAUCAACCUGCAGAAGUGCCUUGGACCCACCUGCAAGAUCCUGGUGCUAAGAAACCAUGGAGUGAUUGCCCUCGGUGACACUGUGGAGGAGGCGUUUUAUAAGAUCUUCCACCUGCAGGCUGCAUGUGAGAUACAGGUGUCUGCCCUGUCCAGUGCCGGGGGAGCAGAGAACCUCAUCCUCCUGGAGCAGAAGCACCGACCCCAUGAGGUGGGCUCCGUGCAGUGGGCAGGGAGCACCUUUGGGCCCUUGCAGAAGAGCCGGCUGGGGGAGCAUGAGUUCGAGGCCCUCAUGAGGAUGUUAGACAACCUGGGUUAUAGAACGGGUUACACGUACCGCUAUCCCUUCGUUCAAGAGAAAACCAAACACAAAAGUGAGGUGGAGAUCCCAGCCACGGUCACAGCCUUCGUGUUGGAGGAGGAUGGUGCCCCAGUGCCCGUGCUACGGCAGCACGCCCAGAAGCAGCAGAAGGAGAAGACGCGCUGGCUCAACACCCCCAACACCUAUCUGCGGGUCAGCGUGGCUGACGAGGUCCAGAGGAGCAUGGGCAGCCCCCGACCCAAGACCACAUGGAUGAAGGCUGACGAGGUGGAGAAAUCCAGCAGUGGCAUGCCAAUACGGAUCGAAAACCCAAACCAAUUUGUGCCUCUCUAUACCGACCCCCAGGAAGUGCUGGACAUGAGGAACAAGAUUCGAGAACAAAACCGACAAGAUGUGAAGUCAGCGGGGCCUCAGUCCCAGCUCCUGGCGAGCGUCAUUGCUGAGAAGAGCCGAAGCCCGUCCACAGAGAGCCAGCUGAUGUCCAAGGGUGACGCGGAUACCAAAGAUGAUUCAGAGGAGACGGUGCCCAACCCCUUCAGCCAACUCACUGACCAGGAGCUGGAGGAGUACAAGAAAGAGGUGGAGAGGAAGAAUCUAGAACUUGAUGGAGAGAAAGAAACCACCACAGAGGAGCCUGGCUCACCUGUAAGGUCGGCACCUAUUUCUCCGGUACAGAGUCCAGCAAAGUCAGAGACGAAGAGCCCUGUGCUCUCUCCUGCCAAGUCUUUAGACGAAGGUGCUAAGAAGACAGAAACAAACAGAGCCACCACAGAGCCUGAACCAGCACAGCCAGAAGGAGUGGUGGUCAACGGGAGGGAGGAGGAGCAGACCGCGGAGGAAACGCUCAGCAGAGGCCUGAGCCAGAUGACCACCAAUGCCGACACGGAUGUCGACACCUCUAAGGACAAAACCGAGUCGGUCACCAGCGGCCCCAUGUCCCCAGAGGGCUCACCUUCCAAGUCUCCUUCCAAGAAGAAAAAGAAAUUCCGAACCCCAUCCUUCCUGAAAAAGAGCAAAAAGAAGGAGAAAGUGGAGUCCUGAUUCGUACACCCUUGGGCUCCCACCUGUAUCUGCUCUCUCCUCCCUUCCCUUCUCCCAUCUCUAUCCCUGGAAGCACAGGGCCAAGGAAGGAUAGAA